AUGUCAUAUGAAUGGACAAACGACAACAAUCAUCAAUCAAUUACUACGAAAGCUACGCCUACACCAACUUUUAGUACAUCAUAUACCAGCAUAAUUGAAGAUUCUUCAAAACUAAAGUAUCAGCAUCUUCUUAACCAGUUACCUUCUUUUUCGUCGUUCAUGGAGUUAAUAAGUAAUAUCCAACCAGACAUUAUUCUCAAAUACGUCACCGACUUUCUGCACUCUAUAAAAUUCAUUGCCGCGCUAAAAACAGCAUUAUCAUUACACGUGUUCACAUCAUUGACGUUUCGUGUGGGCAUAAUCUCGAUUGCAAUAACUCUCGUGAAAAAGAAUUGCUUUGGUGAUGAUGUUGUCGGCGAUCAUAAUAACAACGAGUUCCAUAAAUUCUUGAGAGAUGAAGAAAAGUCACUAAGAUAUCUCGCCAUAAUAACAGCUCUCUCGACACCAAUCAUUAUUGCUAUUUACACUCAUCUUCUCCUGUGUCACUACGGAUACUUGGAUGGCGGUAAUUAUGUAUCAAGAUGGCUUAAUGUGUAUGUCUCUUUGACCUUUUAUUCGAUAGAGUUGUUCAGUCGGAAAGCACAAGAUAAUGAUGACGAUAUAUUUUCUCCUUUAUAUGACGACGAUUAG